GCGUGUCGAAUAAGAGGCGUUGAACAUAUUGGCUAACAUCAACCGUUGAUCUGAAGGCGGCUAAAAUCUCAGCCGUUCGUUGUCCGAAACCAACGACUUUUCGCGGGAGCACCAAAGCAAACACAAAAAAGAGAGAAACUGAGAAACGAAAGAUCUCAGAGACGAAGUAGUUCAGCGAAAUCGAGCGAUUUCAGUACCUUGAUCGAUCCGAGAUGGACGGAGCGCCGACGACCGACUUCCCGGUGGUGCUGACGCAUGGCGGGAGGUAUUUGCAGUAUGAUAUAUUUGGGAAUCUGUUUGAGAUCUCGGCCAAGUACCAGCCGCCGAUAAUGCCGAUCGGAAGAGGAGCUUAUGGGAUUGUUUGCUCGGUGAUGAAUUCGGAGACGAGGGAAAUGGUUGCGAUAAAGAAGAUUGCGAACGCUUUUGAUAAUCAUAUGGAUGCUAAGAGGACUCUGAGAGAGAUUAAGCUUCUGAGGCAUUUGGAUCAUGAGAAUAUUAUAGGAAUACGAGAUGUAAUCCCGCCAUCAAAUCCAGAAGCAUUUAAUGAUGUGUAUGUUGCUACCGAGCUUAUGGACAGUGAUCUUCAUAAUAUAAUUCGGUCAAACCAAAAUUUAUCCGAGGAGCACUGCCAGUAUUUUCUGUACCAGAUUCUUCGUGGUUUGAAAUAUAUUCAUUCAGCAAAUGUUAUUCAUAGAGAUUUGAAGCCGAGCAACCUACUGUUGAAUGCUAAUUGUGACCUUAAGAUAUGUGAUUUUGGCCUUGCACGCCCAACAUCGGAAAAUGAUAUUAUGACAGAGUAUGUUGUUACAAGAUGGUAUAGAGCACCCGAAUUGCUGCUCAACUCGACUGAUUAUACUGCUGCAAUUGAUGUAUGGUCUGUUGGUUGCAUAUUCAUGGAGCUAAUGAACAGGAAGCCACUAUUCCCCGGAAGGGAUCACAUGCAUCAAAUGCGUCUGAUUAUGGAGCGCAUUGGCACACCCAGUGAAGCUGAACUUGGAUUUAUCCGGAAUGAAGAUGCAAAGAGAUACAUGAGGCAUCUCCCCCAUCACCCUCGUCAGCCAUUUGCAACUUCCUUCCCACAUGUUCGCCCUGCUGCCAUAGAUCUUAUUGAGAGGAUGCUGACUUUUGAUCCCUACAGAAGAAUUACAGUCGAAGAAGCACUUGCUCAUCCAUACCUUGAAAAACUACAUGAUGUUUCGGAUGAACCUAUUUGCAUGGAUCCUUUCUCCUUUGAAUUUGAACAACACGCAUUGACUGAAGAACAGAUGAAGGAAUUGAUAUACAAAGAAGCUCUUGCUUUUAAUCCACAGUAUGGUUUCUAAGCAAAAAAAUAAUGAAUCCAUAAAUUUAUUGUUUUAAAUUGUUUGUGAUUUGCCACUAAGUUGUUUAGAUGACAAAGUAUGAUAAUUUCUACAUCCUGCAUUGCUUUGUAUCCUCCAUGUGUUUAGCUGGUUGUUGGUCUUCUCUUUGUAUCUUGUUUGUAAUUGGUGUGUGCUGCCCAAGUACAUAGUUGGAUUGAAAUUGGUCAUACCUGUGCUUGUGCACUGGUUAGAAUUUGCUGCAAUAUUUGUAACACAAUAUUUAUAUGUUGAACAAGUGUAUGUAAAUGUGAGUACAUAUAUCAUAUAUGAUUUUUGAAUAAUGAAGUGUUUUUAA